GUUUAUUCCGCGUCCACCAUGCAGCAGCCAAACAGUCCCGGUGGAAGGCCGAGCAAACGCAGGCUGUCUCACCGCACCUCCUGUCCCUACCACCGGCUCUCGCUGUGGAUCAAGACCGCUCUCUCCGCGCUCAGUAUGGGUUAAAGGGCCGCGGCACUGACGGACUCUGCGCUCGAGGAUGGGGACUCGGAUUUUUUCUGCUUUUGGCAAGAGACGUCCUGACGAAGACGGAGAGAGCAAAUAGAGAGAGGGUUCAAAAUCACCCGCUUUCUUUCGUUUUCCUUUCCUCCGUUUGCUCUCUAUCUCUUUGUGAGAGAUGAUUGCAGAUCUGGUGUGCAGCGCCGUGGCUCUGGUCCUGUACGUGAACACGCUGGGCGCCGAUUUCUGCUACGAUGACAGCCGUGCCAUCAAAACCAACCAGGACCUGCUCCCCGAGACCCCCUGGAUCAACGUCUUCUAUGAUGACUUCUGGGGCACACUGCUCACCCACAGUGGCAGCCACAAGUCUUACCGGCCGCUCUGCACUCUCUCCUUCCGCCUCAACUAUGCUCUGGGCGGCAUGGAGCCAUGGGGCUAUCACCUGGUGAACGUUGGGCUGCACUGCAUCGUGACGGCGCUUUUCUCUAGCCUGGCAGGCCUGAUGCUGGGCCGGGGCUGCUGGAGGCUGCUGGCUGGCCUGCUCUUCGCCUCCCACCCUGUCCACACGGAGGCAGUGGCAGGGAUUGUGGGUAGGGCAGAUGUGGGGGCUGCGCUUUUCUUCCUGCUGGCACUGCACUGCUACAUAGGCCACUGCACCCUGCGGGCUGAGGGGGCCCAUGGCCAGUCCUGGGCAUGGUUCCUGGGCAGUCUAGCAUGCUCUGCCUGCAGCAUGCUGUGGAAGGAGCAGGGCGUCACGGUGCUGGCUGUGGCGGCUGUGUACGACGUGUUUGUCUUCCACAGGAUGAGUCUUAGGCAGCUGCCAGGAAUCUUCUAUAAGAAAAAGAACUUGCGCCUGCUGCUAAGUGUGUUUCUGCUGGGAUCCUGGGGGGUCUUCCUGCUGGCCUGCCGCCUCUACUGGAUGGGCAACAAACCUCCAAACUUCUCCAACUCUGACAACCCUGCAGCAGACUGCCCCUGUUUCUUGACCAGGGUGCUAACGUUCUUCUUUCUGCCCGCCAUGAAUUUGUGGCUCCUGCUCUGCCCGGACAAGCUGAGCUUUGAUUGGUCCAUGGAUGCAUUGCCUCUUCUGAGGAGCCUCACUGAUUGGAGGAACCUCCACACUGUGGCGUUUUACACUGGACUGCUGGCAUUGGCAUGGUUUGGCCUUUGCAGUCGUCCAAGCAAGGAGAAAGAGACCAAUGGGAAGGCCCAUCAUGUAGCAAAUGGAAAGUCCAGUACGAAUGGACACAGUUAUCACUCUGACUAUGAACACUCCAUUCCAGACUCAAACUCUGUGCAGACAAAUGGGAAUGGUACCAAAAAGCACUAUUUAACCAGGACCUCUUUGCCCACUACUGAGAAUGUAGUGGUCUUCUCAUUAGGCCUGCUGGCCAUCCCUUUCCUCCCUGCCACUAACCUCUUCUUUUAUGUGGGCUUUGUGGUGGCAGAGCGGGUCCUCUACAUCCCCAGCAUGGGCUUCUGCCUGCUAGUGGCAGUUGGGGUGAGAGCCCUGUGGGUCAGACUAAGGAGGAGCUCCUCCAGGACGCUGGUGCUGGCCUGCAGUGGUGCUCUGGUGCUUCUUUUUGGGGUUAAGACAGUUCUGAGGAACCAGGACUGGCACAGUGAGGAGAUGCUGUACAAGUCAGGGAUAACUGUAAACCCUGCUAAAGCCUGGGGAAACCUGGGAAACGUCUUGAAGAACCAGGGGAAGAUGGCGGAGGCUGAGAGAGCCUACAGGAAUGCUCUGUACUACCGGAGGAACAUGGCUGACAUGCUGUAUAAUCUGGGUCUGCUGCUACAGGAGAACAACAAGUUCUCUGAAGCUCUCCACUACUAUAAGCUGGCCAUUGGGAGCAGGCCAACUCUCGCUUCUGCCUACUUGAACACAGGGAUCAUCCUGAUGAACCAGGGCCGUCUGGACGAGGCUAAGCGCACCUUCCUCACCUGUGCAGACAUCCCAGACGAGAACCUGAAAGAUCCUCAUGCACACAAGAGCUCAGUCACCAGCUGCCUCUACAACCUGGGCAAGCUGCUACAUGAACAGGGCCAUCAAGAGGAGGCCCUGUCUGUGUAUAAAGAAGCAAUACAGAAAAUGCCCAGGCAGUUUGCUCCUCAGAGCCUCUACAACAUGAUGGGAGAGGCCUACAUGAGGCUGAACAAGCUGUCGGAGGCCGAGCACUGGUACAGGGAGUCGCUCCGAGCCAAACCAGACCAUAUUCCAGCACACCUUACCUACGGCAAGCUUCUGGCUAUGACGGGUCAAAAAACGGAAGCAGAAAAGUACUUCCUGAAGGCCAUUCAGCUCGAUCCCACUAAAGGAAACUGCUACAUGCAUUAUGGUCAGUUUUUGCUGGAGGAGUCCAGGCUGUUGGAGGCCGCCGAGAUGGCGGAGAAGGCCGCUCAGUUGGACAGUGAGGAGUUUGAUGUGGUCUUCAGUGCAGCUCAUAUGCUCCGACAAGCCAGCCUGAACGAUGCUGCAGAGAAGUACUAUGAGCAAGCAGCUAGCCUGAGACCUAAUUACCCUGCAGCCUUGAUGAACCUUGGAGCCAUCCUUCACCUGAAUGGAAAGCUCCAGGAGGCUGAGGCCAAUUACCUGCGAGCUCUGCAACUCAAACCUGAUGACACCAUCACCCAGUCCAACCUGCGCAAGCUGUGGAACAUCAUGGAGAAGCAGGGCCUGAGGACCAUGGCCCCCUGACUCAAACACACUCUAACUCACUGAUGAGCUUCUGGACAUGGAGCUCACAGUAAGCAGUGCCCUCACCACUGAGGUAGUCCAUAGCUGGACAGGUCGCCAAGAGCUAAUGUCACCAUAGUCACAAUUUGAGACUUUUUACCUCAUGUGUGGAGUCACAUUUGGUACAUUUAAGAACUUUUUUGAGAACUUUAGAACUUCAAGAACUUGCCCUGCGCAAAGGUCUCAACUUGAAGUGGACCAUCGGUACAUACUUGAAGUCUCUUGAUACCUUAGAUAUUAAUUAGUCAAUUGAUGCUUAAUGGUCUUUGCAGGGCAAUAUUUGUCCUGAAAUUAGAAGGAAAUGAAAGUAUCAAGGAAUACCGCAAAGUUGUGUUCUAGAGCUGAAUGGGAGCAUCAGUGAAUUGUUUCAUGAUUAGAUUCAUUGAUCUUUAAGGAAGCCUUCUUGAUUUCUUUACAUAUAGGAAAUCAUGUCCAUUUGAUUCCAUUCACCUAAUGAACAAAAGAAAAAAUUGCCAUCUCUAAAGAUGUGCCAUUUUUUUAUGUCCGAUCAAGUUUUAACAGAGCACAUAAAUUCAUCAGAUGUCAUUUCACACAAUGAUUAAUCACUUUUAAAGUGUUU